CUUUUAUUGAUUUUGUUUUGCGGUGACCGAAAUUCUAGAAAACUAGAUAUUGUGUGUUAAAUAACACCAUGUUGUUAUUAACAAAAUUUAACGAUUAAAAACUACAUUUGCAGGUGCUUUAAAAGCCAGAGAAAUUUUGUAAAGAACGGUUCAGUAGUUUUCCACAAGUAAUUCGAAUGCGAAGCCUUUAACUGGAGAACCGAAUAUUUCCGAUCGAAAUAAACUCUGAGUAUGCAGUGAAUAUAAUAUUUUGUCAAUCCAGUUCAAUUCUGCUAUUUCUAUUAUAUAUGUAUAUGCUUGUGGGGCUUAUUUUAGUUAUCAGCAAUAUUAGAGUCUUCGUUGUUUCUUCAACAAAUACCUCGAUUUCAGUACGUUCCGAAACUUAGACUCCGUCGGUAAUAUCAAUUCAAAAUGCUGAGGCUGGCACUGUACACAGUCUGUAUUGUCCUUUCUCUACAAGGAUCCCUUGUAGAAUCUCAGGGUCAUCGGGUGUGCGUCCUUCGGGAUGCGCCAACGCAGUGCGGCUCCUUUUGCCUGAGCGCACUAUAUCCGCUCUUUGCCGAUACUAAUAAUAUCCGAAGCAGGUUGGAUGGCAUCGAAGCAGGGCAGAAGGUCCUCAGUGAUCUCAUGACAGGACUUCAGGGGGUACAUACAAAGCUAGAUUCCUGUAAGAUGAAAAAUGAUUACGAGGCGAGAUUAGCCGGAAUCGAAAACCACCUAAAAGCGACUAUUGCAAACUUGGAGAAUCAAAUCAAAACCAAAGACGAUCUUAUCAAUGCGCAAAAAAAACAAAUCGAUGAAGGCUUUAAAAAUAAAGAUGAUGAAAUCGCAGACCUAAAGAAUCAGAUUAAUUCGAUUGAAACAUCAAAACGUAACCAAUCUAAUGAGCUUUCGGAAUGCCGAUUACAUUUCGAAAAAACACAACCAUUAAGGGUGUCAUGUUCGUCGUCUCCACAUGGCUGGACCGUAAUUCAGAGACGGAUCGACGGAUCCGAGAACUUCGAUCGAAACUGGGCUGAUUACAAAAAUGGAUUUGGAAACGUUAAGGGAGAAUUUUUCAUUGGCCUGGAAAAAUUGCAUCAGAUGACGAAGGCACGUCCCCACGAACUCUACAUUAAGCUUGGGAAGGUAAAUGGACCAACCAGCUAUGCUCACUAUGACGAUUUUAAAAUUGGCAGUGAGGACGAAUUGUAUGAGCUGAAGAGUUAUGGAAUUUAUUCCGGUGAAGCCGGAAACUCCCUUGAAUACAAUAAGAACAAAAAGUUCUCUACAUUUGAUCGGGAUAAUGACAAAUGGGAUGGAGGAAAUUGCGCUGAUUCGGAAUACGGUGGUUGGUGGCAUGGCAAUUGUGGUUCUAGUCAGCUCAAUGCAAAAUACUAUAAAGAUGGUCAAAUAACCAAUGAAGACAUAACGAACGGAAUAUACUGGGGCUCAUGGCAUGACUACGACUGGAAAAUAUCACUCACCUACGUUGAAAUGAUGAUUAGACCUAAGUCCUUAUGA